CAGACGGACCGUGAAUAGCUUCAUAACGAUGUGGAACUACGUACUGAUUUCGACCCUUGUGUUAUUUGUAUCGUUACUAUAUCAUUGUUAUUUUAACAGUCCGGCUAGCAUUAUAGAGCACCCUAAUACGCAUUACGAUUACAUAAUCGUUGGUGCUGGAACAGCAGGAUGUGUAAUAGCAUCACGGCUUUCCGAAAUUUCAAAUCUGACGAUUUUAUUGGUCGAAGCGGGAGGACAUUUUGGAUGGGUGUCAUCCAUUCCAAUUUUGGCGCCAGUUCUGCAAAAGACCGAUGUCGAUUGGUCCUAUUCGACGGAACCCCAAAUAUAUUCUUCAAAAGGAUUUUGGAAUCAUAUUCAAAAAGUUCCAAGAGGUAAAGGAUUAGGCGGUACCGGGCAGAUAAAUUAUUUGGUUCACUCUUUCGGAAAGCCGGAAGAUUACAAAGCCUGGCCGAAGGGAUGGUCACAUGCCGAUCUACUUCCGUAUUUUAAAAAGGUGUCCGAUAUCAUGAACGUAAUGUCCAGCCCGGAGGAAGAAUAUCUGGCGGAAGCUUUUCUCAUGGCGGAAGAAUCGUUGAAGUUGAAUAAUGUGACUCUACAAAAGGGUCUGUACACUGUUAAAAGAGGUUCACGGUGGAGCACAUUUCACGCGCAUUUACAAAAUGCCUGGAAUAGAAAGAACUUGCAUAUUUUGACGAACACGUUGGUUUCGAAAAUCCUUUUCAAAGAGAAUUCGAACGCAGAUGGGAUCAAGGUAAUUUAUAAAAAUGGAUCAGUGGGAAAGAUUUUCACGAGGAAAGAAGUGAUUCUUUGUGCAGGUGUUAUCAAUACUCCUCAAUUGCUUUUGCUUUCUGGAAUCGGACCAGCCGAACAACUUGACAAAUUUCAGAUACCUAUGGUGAGUAAUCUUCUGGAAGUGGGUAAAAAUCUUUUCGACCAUAUUCUGCUUCCGGUUUACGUUAAUCUCAAAGCAAACGUGAGCAUAACGUUCUUUAAAUUACAAACGCUUCCCGAGGUGCUCAAUUAUUUUACUUUUGGAAAAGGAUGGUAUGCAACAAACGCCAUAAUGGCGGUGGGUCGUACCAAUGAUAGCGGUAUCAUGCUUCUUGGAAUAGGUUCUACUGAUGAAAAUAUAUGGAAAAGUAUAUCUAAUCAAAAAACAGAGCCUUACAGAUUGCUGUAUCCAUCCUAUAACGACAGCUCUUACGAAGGAUUCAUAUUUCUAUCCUACUGCUUACAACCAAAAAGUCGUGGAAGCAUAUCGCUAAGAUCUGCCAAUAUUCGUCAUCAACCAAAAAUCGAUCCUGCUUACCUUCAACACUACGACGAUGUAUUGUGCACCCAUCGAGCUGUAAAUUUCGCCAUCCAAACGCUCGAGACACCGAAAUUUCGCGAGUAUGGGGCAAAAAUUCAUCAUCCUAACUUGGAGGAAUGUCGACACUUGCGACAAGAUUAUAGAGACCUCGAGUAUACGGAAUGCGUAUUGAGAAUCAGUGGUCUCACGAGUUAUCAUUUAUGCGGCUCUUGCAGGAUGGGUGCUGACGAUCGUUCGGUCGUCGACGAGAAAUUACGAGUGAAAGGCGUCAACAGACUUAGAAUAAUAGAUUCUAGUAUAUUACCAACUCCCAUUUCCGGUAAUCCGAAUUCCGUUUUAAUUGCAAUGGCGGAGCGAGCAAGCGAUUUGAUUCUUGGUCGCAUAUUCAAUUAAAAAUAUAUAUAUGUAUAUAUGUUGU